UUUUGCAUUUUUUUAAUUAUUUGAACUAAAACCACAGCGAUUAACAAACUUCAUCGCUGCUUUUCUUUCUCUCCACGACAUCAUCGCGAAGUGAAAACCUCUCUCCCUCUCUCCUCCAUUCUACUCUCACCUUCAUCCGCAUCGCAUUACUUGUUCAAUUCGAAUUUAGAGUAUGACUAAAUCAUUGGAUCUUCCUCCUAAGGGUGGGUUCAGUUUUGAUCUCUGCAGAAGAAAUGAUAUGCUUGAAAAGAAGGGUCUUAAACCCCCUUCUUAUUUGAAGACUGGAACCACUAUUGUUGGUUUAGUUUUUCAGGAUGGUAUCAUUCUUGGAGCAGAUACCAGGGCAACUGAAGGACCCAUUGUUGCUGAUAAAAAUUGUGAGAAAAUUCACUAUAUGGCACCCAAUAUUUAUUGUUGCGGAGCAGGCACUGCUGCUGAUACAGAGGCCGUAACAGACAUGGUUAGCUCACAACUGCAACUACAUCGCUACCAUACUGGUCGAGAAUCAAGGGUUGUUACAGCACUAACUCUUCUUAAGAGACACCUUUUCAAUUACCAAGGUCAUGUCUCAGCUGCAUUAGUUCUUGGUGGGGUUGACAUCACUGGACCGCAUUUACAUACUAUCUAUCCACAUGGGUCAACUGACACCCUUCCGUUUGCUACUAUGGGAUCUGGUUCACUUGCUGCGAUGUCUGUAUUUGAGUCUAAAUACAAGGAAAGUUUGAGUAGAGAUGAAGGAAUUAAGAUUGUUGUUGAGGCGAUAUGUGCUGGUAUAUUCAAUGACUUGGGAAGUGGAAGUAAUGUUGAUGUUUGUGUCAUAACCAAGGGACAUAAGGAAUAUCUAAGGAAUCACCUCCAACCAAAUCCUCGUACUUUUGUUAAUCCAAGAGGCUUUACCUUUUCCAAAAAGACAGAGGUUCUCUCAACAAAAGUUACACCAUUGAAGGAGAAGGUUGAAGUAAUUGAAGGAGAUGCUAUGGAAGAGUAGCAAAAUUGGUAGAGUCCGAAACUUGAUUAGUGCAAUGUUUGUGAUAUUGAUAAUUGUAAUUUCAGAAGUUUGGUUGAAUCUGAAUCUUGGUUUUCUUUUGCCACCUAAUUCUGGCACAAGUGGUUGGUGCACACUGUGUGAGUGUUGUAAACUGCAGGAUACCAAGUUUGAUUCUCACUGAUAUAAAAAGAAGAUUUUUAUUUA